UGACUGAAUCGAUUGUUAGAGACUACCAGAGAGGUGUGCUUUCUUCCUUGACAAUCCUUACUCUAAUUGUCAGAGCGUUGCGUAGGCUUGCGCCACCCCAAGCAAAUAGACGUAAGUGUGUGGUGACGUAUAAUCGGAAGGGUUGACAGGUCAUAGCACGGCCUGCCUCCGCCUAGUGUGAUCCGUAUAAGAAAGGAGCUGCAACAGUAGCACAGGUGGCCCCCGCCCCGCGAUGGCUGAGACCACCCCUAUCCUACCCAAGCAGCCAUCGUCCAAUCCGGCAGCGCCGUUACCCUCCACGACACAACCUCCAGCGACGCAGGACACUCCCAUACUGCCGAAACCUAUCACCGGUAAUGCCGGUACGAAUGGUACUCCUGCCGUGAUACAGCAGUCGCAGCCUCAGGCCACGCCUAUACAACAUCAGCAGGUGCAAUUCAUACCAAUUGCCACUCAAAAUCAGAAUGGACAGCAACCGACCCAGGUUCAGCUCAUACCGGUAACAGGACCAGGACAAACUCAACAAUUCUUGGUGAUACAGCAGCCGGCAAUUGCUAGCCCUUCAAUACCAAUUCAACCUACCGGUAUCCAGCAGACUAAUCAGUUUUACAUUGUACAACAACCUACAGCUGGUCCCAAUCAACCACCGCAACAGAUAGCAUUUAUACCGCUGCAGAUGCAUCCGGCUCCAGAUACGAAACCAGUAUUAGCCAGUUUACAUACGCAACCUCAUCAUCUGCAGCAGCAAACUCUACAGCAAAUGCGAAAUGUGGAAAUGCAACAACCGCAACAGACAAAUACGAAACAAGAGAUAGAUGAUGGUAGUACUAAUGGUGUCAUCACUCAACAAAGGAUAAAAUUAGGAAAUUUGCAUUUCAUCCAAGACCCAAAUGAUCCCCAGAAGUGGAUAAUUACCACAGCAGCAGGCGAUACAGCAGAGACACCCAGUCAAGGAUAUCGUUACAGUCGUCAAAAUGAAUUCGAUGCUACACCAAGUGCUUCAACUGUAGGCCACCAACUAGGAUAUAAGCAGCAGAAAACACCCAAAAGAACUGCGUGCAACUGCCCGAACUGUCAAAACAGUACUAACAAUAAGUUGGUGAAAAGUGGUGAAAAGCAGCGUUUGCACAUUUGUCACUUGUGUGAAAAAACCUACGGGAAAACAUCACAUUUGCGAGCGCAUUUAAGAGGACAUGCAGGACAAAAACCGUUUGCGUGCGAUUGGGCACACUGUCAAAAGAGGUUCACACGUUCCGAUGAAUUGCAACGGCAUCGUAGGACACAUACUGGUGAGAAACGUUUUGCUUGUGGUCACUGCGGCAAAAAAUUUAUGCGAUCAGAUCAUUUAACGAAACACGAAAGAACGCAUUCAACAGUACGUGGACAUGGCAAUUCAGAAUUAAGCGCACGGGCACGUGGAUCUGUAGAUGCAACUGUACGGGCAGUAGCAUCAGCGGAGGUCAAUUCAUCACAGACGAAUCUGAUUACCACACAGCAAUCGACUAUCAUUAAUUCAAAUUAGUGGUGAUGUGUUGCUGUAUCUGUUUGUGUUACAGCUUGUAAAUUGUUGAUGAAAAUCUGGUUCGGUUUCAUAAUUUCUUUUAUCAGUGUGAAUUUGAUCGAGUUAUGCACGAGUCGUUUGAGCUUUUUAACAAAAACAGUUUCAAAUGUAGAGAUUCAUAUUUAACUGGCCAAGGGACUGGUAAAGAUUUCUUACUUUGGG